UGAAAGUCAUACGUUUUGAUGUUGUUCAUUUAAGAAAUGUUUCAUAAUUUUAAAUUUACUAAGAGUUCUUUAGAAUUUUUAGAGUGUUGGCAUUCUUUUGUAACUCUUUGAUCGUUAUGUACAACUCUUUGAAUUAUCAUACGUCUUGGAUUAUUUUUUUCAAAGACAAAAAUGAAUAUUGGAGUGGACUGGAGCGUAUACAUGCUGAUUCUAUUAUUGACGGACUAUAACGAUGUAGAUGCACUGGAUCCAUGUUUAAGUGGUAACCAUGAUAAUCUUUAUUCAAUGGAGAAACGUGGCCCUUCUUACGUGAUGGACUCCAGCCCACUCUGUGACCGAUACAUAACCCAAGGCUGGUAUGGGACAAAGGGUUACCUCAUGUCCACCUCUCUACCUCAGCUAACGAAUUGCGGCACUUUAUAUCCAAUAUGGCUUAAUGGAGAAAUCCCCAGUGCCGGACAGUCCGCUGUGCUGACAGCUUGUGAAGUUGGAUUUUCGUCUAGCUGUACCAAAAGUUACAGUAUUGAAGUAAAGAACUGUGUAGAUAUUGUCGUCUACAAACUGCGACCAGCAGAUGCUUGUAAUGCAGCCUACUGUUUUGGUAUGUGUUUAGUAUAUAUGCGAUGAAUAAAUCCAAUACCAAAUGAAAAUUGAUAAUGGAGUUCUAAGUAGGUCUAUCGUUUUAAUACUUUGUCUUAA